GUUGCCAUAGAUUCGUGACGUGUGUAGUAAUUUAUCUAUCUAUUUAUCUAUAUAUAUGAAGUUAGUAUCACUAAAGAAGGAUACGUUUUAGCUGUGGUUUUGUUCACCUGUACAUCACAGGGACGAAAAAAAAAAAAAGAGCCUUUUCAGCUCCACCCCUACAACCAGUUGCUAGGUAUGAGAGACAGGUAUUUCAGCAGGGAAUAUACGUGAGGCAGUAAAGUCGUAGCCAAACUUCCCAAAAUGGCUACUAAAGACAUUUGGCAAAGCUUGGCUCAAGAUAAUGUUCCAUUCAUGCGUCACAUUAAAAGGACAUUUAUUCUGCUGCUUACAGUAGCAUUGUUAUUAUCUGCUGUUGCUUAUGUCUCUGAUUUCUCUUUUGAGACAAUUGCAUUCUCUCAAACCUGGUUGAUUAAAAUGAUGAAUCAGACUCAUAAUAAGAUAAUUAACAGCACUUCUCCUGAUCGUACUCAAAAGGAUUUAUUAGCACCUUUGCCCAAUCAACAAAUCCAACCAAGAGGUACAACCGUUGCACAAACUACAGACAUUCCUAUCUAUCAUCAUGUGGCUCACCCACGCAACUAUCAUUUCACUUUGGAUGAACCUGAUAAAUGUAGUCAGUUGGAUCCGUUCCUGGUCUUUAUGGUCCCCGUGGCCCCCCAUCAGCUGGAGGCUCGUAACGCCAUCCGGAGCACAUGGGGGAACGAGAGCUCAGUGCAGGGAAAAGCAGUGCUGACUCUGUUCUUGGUGGGUUUGUCUGGAGGAGCUGAAGCUCAACAGCAGCUGGAGGAAGAGAGUCGACAACACAGAGAUCUACUGCAGAGCGACUUUGUGGACUCCUACUUCAACCUGACCAUAAAGACCAUGGUGAUCAUGGACUGGUUGGCGACUCGCUGCCCUCAAGCAACUUACGCUAUGAAGGUUGAUUCAGACAUGUACAUAAACCCGGAGAACCUGAUGAGCCUUUUAUUGUCACCCAACACACCCAGAGAGAACUACAUCACAGGAUAUUUGAUGUGGGACCGGCCUGUCGUCAGAGACAAAAACUCGAAAUGGUACGUGGCAGAGGAAUUGUACCCAGAACCAAAUUACCCCACAUACCUGCUUGGAAUGGGAUAUGUUUUCUCCAAUGACCUGUCGGGAAAAAUAGUUGAGGCUUCCAAGGAAGUACAGCCCUUUAACAUAGAAGACGCAUAUGUGGGUGCUUGUCUGAAACAAUUGGGUGUCGCACCCUCAUCUCCCCCAGACCCUUCACAGUUUAGAGCCUAUCUGGGUCAAUACUUUAGAGAAGAUUUUUUAAGAGUUAUUACAACAAUCCUGGGAUCCCCACAGCAGCUAAUAGACAUUUGGAAGGAUGUAAAGAGGCCAACAUAAAAGUACUGGAGCACAAAAAAACUAAAACCAGAUUUCAGUUUUCAAAGAGAAGUCUAUUUAAGGCAUCAGUGAAUGUUUUUUUUUAAACAGAAUGUCUAUUGGGAGCCUGCCUUGUUGGCAGAGGCUAUUUACAAUAACUCCACCGAACAAUGGGUGAUUGGGCUAGUCACGAUUAUAAAAAAUGAAAAAUAAAGUAUUGGGUAGGUGUAGGAAGUGCUUUAUUGUACCAAUAAGGUGGCCUUCAUUUAAAGGUGCUGUAUGUAGGAUUUUGACUCUACUAAAGCAUAAAAGUACUAUAAUAUGUUUGCAGAUAUUUAAGAAACAUGCUAAAUUAACAAAAACAAUGCCACAUUCACGUAUUCUCAUUUGAAAAUAUGCGUUCCGACCGGAAUUUCAGCUAUUGAUUUGGUUUGUGAAACCUGCCCAUUGCCAGUUUACCCUAUGGUGUUUGUGAGCCCUGGGUUGCCAGUUGGUGGAAAACACAGCACACUUCAUUUUUUCACUGCUAUUUUAACAUAGUGUACAGAAUCGAUAGCUGUUUGCAUUAAAAGCUAAUGCUUUUUUUCUAAAAGCUGAGACUGGGGUAAUGCCACACGCAUGUGGAUACGCUGACUCUAUAUAGACGGGGCCAGCCGCUCAUGCAAAAUGCAUUCUUGCUGAAAAAACAUCUCGAGGCACAUUUUUAAAGGUUAACUGAUUUUACCAGGAAAUGGGAUUUUAAAAACAGGCGGAAAUGUCAAAGAAAGCAACGAUGUUCAUUUACGUAGCAGCAUGGUGGAAAACAAAUGGGUGUGCAAAAUAAUAUAACCUUUCGCAAAUCUAUUUCAACGUCAAUGUACAUUUUUAUGGAAUAAACACAAAAGCUUAUACUAGUAUACCUAUGUAUACACAAAUACAUUCUGCGUAAUAACGAUUUUAAAGGUGCACUAGGUGAUCGUCUUCAGAAAAGUUUUUGUUAUUGUUCUAAGUGGUCUAAAUGUAUUUGUAUUAAAUCUGUGGAAGGCGUAGAACCAAGAAAUGUUCGUAGGACCAAUGAAAAGCCUUGUAAUUGGCUUUAUACCAGCCUGUGAACUUCUGAGCGCUUUCACAACGAGAACAGCAGAUGAACAUCAGCAACCCCAUCUUCCCUCCUGGUAUUGUAGUACUUAAACUACUAGUUUCCCAACAGGUGAAUGUCACAUGAUGCAGCCCAGCAGUUCCCAAUUUCAGUCCUUGUGCCCCCCGCUCUAUAUAUUUUGCAUGUCUCUUUUAGAUAACACACCCAGUUCAAAUAACCGGCUCGUCAGGAGUGAGCUACAUGCGUGAACUGUGUUCCUGGUUUACGGAUUUGCGCUGCACAGCGUCUACCAAACUAGCGUGAAGUGUGACGCCUCCGGAAAUAAUUUAAAUUUACUCCUCACACACUUUUGUAUGGAAAUAUACACACUUCGCUUGGAACUGUAAUCGUGGCGGAACAAUAUGGCACCUUUAACUGAAGGUGUUUGCAGAGCAAAUUUAUUUUUCAUUUAUCUCUCUAUUGGGACAGGUUGUCUGUUUAUCUUGUAAAUUGAAACUGUAAGCUAAUUUAUUUCCCAUUUAUGUUGGUCAGAACAAGGGUUUGAUUUAUGUGCAUUUUUAUUGUUUCGUGGGUUUCAAACCUGAUGUAAUCUUUUUUUUUGUAGUCUUUAAAGUUAAGUUUCCCUUGAUGUUCAAUGUUCGAUGAAUACUUUAACUGAAAUGUGCCUCACCAGUCUAAAAAGAGUAUUUAGUGCAGAUGAUAAAUAUAUAUAUAUAUAUACACACACACACACAAUUUAUUUUUGUUUGUGAACUUUGUGUCAUUACAAUCAAGGUUUCAUUUUACUUUUGGUUCAUGUUCUUAAACAAUGAUUUUAGCCUGCAUUUAUAUAAAACCCUCUUAUUUAUAUUUCUAAGGAAAUUUAGUGAUGCAUUAUUCUCAGUUGUAGCCUCUCAUACUGGAAUUAUGGAAAUCAGGAUACACCCAGUUUUGACUAUGCUGCAAGUAAUAUGAAUUAGAUUACCUUUACUAAGUACACAGUUGGUAAUAUGAACACACGGUUCUAAGUUUCUAAGUAAUGUAAUAUGAGAUGAUGGUAGAUUAUUAAAACUUCCUGGUUUCCUCCACAAAAAGCUAAAGUAUUUCACCAUUGGCUUUGUGACCAAUAAAGGUCAUUUCAUCAAUCUAGAAUAUUAAUGAAUUUUGCAUGUCUAUUUUGCUUUUAUUCAAAACAUACCUAACCAGCAUAUGGUGGUUUUUUCAGCAGGGAAUAUAAUCACCAUCCAUCUUAUUUGUAUCCUGCAGCACCUGGAUACUAGACCGCAAGCUUUUAAACAAAACGCUGAUCCUUUUCUGAAGAUAAAUCAGCUGUUCGCACAGUAACACAACAUCUAAUGGGCCUCUUUUUACUUCAGUGUUUUCAUUUUGUCAGAAAAAGUAAUGUUUUCAGACAGUGGUGUUUAAGGAUCAUUUUAUAAUUAGGUGUACUGUAUAUAUGGAAUUUGAAAAUGUGAAAAGAGAGAAAGAUUUCCUUUUUUUCUCAAAAAAGCAAACACUAAUACCGUUAGUCAAGCUCAGGGUUAGUUGGUUUUGGUUUUUUUUUUAUUCUAAAAGCAGAUAUAUUCUGGCUAUGUUAUAAUUAUGUUACUGACAAAAGUAUUCAUAGCUUGGAAAAAUACCUAGAAUUUACAUGCUACACUGCACAUUGCAUUGUAAUGUGAAAAUGUAAAAAGGCAUAGUUUUCACAAAAGUGAUUAAAUCGUAUUUUCUCAAGACAAAUUUGUAUAUUCUGUUUUAAAAGAAAAAUACCUUGAGGGACAAAAGUAACAGUGGGCAAUGUCUUAACACUAACCAUGUUAUACAGCAGGCAACUGAGUAUUACAAAAUAAAAUAAAAUAAUGUA